AUGCUCUGCCUUUGCAAAGCCUUUGUGCAUGCCGUGCAGCCUCCAGCCCCCUUCCCGACGCCUCCCAACAAGCCCUCCCCGACACUGCCUCUUUCUUCCCCUUCCCUAAUUGUACGUCUUAAAGCCUCGUUGGCACAUGAAAUGCCACCUCUAAAAUGCUCACGCAGCUCUGAAUUUCACGCCCUCUGCAGGCAUGCAGCGCAACAUGAAACUCGCGCACGCGUCUCCGCCGUCGAUGCGGCAGCAGUUGCUGCCUUUCACAAAUCUGUGCGAUCAGGUGAUUUAGACGCCGUCGAAAAGGUGCUCACAAUCCCCCAAAACAGCUGGCUAGCCGUCGCCGUUGACGCACACAGACGAACUGCGCUGCAUCUCGCGGCAUUCGAUGGAAACGAUCGGAUGGUGCGACUGCUGCUGCGCGGAGGCGCGCAGCUAAAAGCUCCCGCAUGCGAUGGCAUGACAGCGCUUCACUUUGCCAGCCAGAAAGGUCAUAAAGACGUUCUCGAAACACUGCUGCAAAAGGGCGCUCCUGUCAACGGGCAGCUCUCCCGUGGCAAACGCACUGCGCUGCAUCUGGCCGUUAAAGCAAAACACUUUUCUGCCGCCGUAUCCCUUCUGGAAUACGGCGCGAAUUUGGAAGCGAAGACUGCGCAAGGGGAGACUGUUCUUGACUGGGUGUCUCCUGAGAUCGCCGAGCUGCUGCAGGCAGCAGCAGCAGCGGCGCUCAACAGGCAGUCCAAGAAAUCAACUGCACCAGCAGCAGCAGCUGAAGAAGCAACAGCUUCUCCCGCGCCAGGCGACACCGAAGCCAGCAGAGCGCAGCUCCGACUUGCGGCACGUAAAGAUGUGUGCAGUGGUGCUGAGGCAACCAACACCCUGGGGAACACUCCAGCAAACGGGCUGUCGAGCUGCACUUCUCCCGGGUGCGUCAUUGCCAUCCACCGCCUUGCCAUGACAAAAACCCUCUAUCAUCGAUAUUUUGUUGCUGCCCAGCAGCAUGCGGCCCCUCUAGUAGGGUUGAUCGAAGGCUUCGGUCAGGGAUCAGGGUGUAUCUACACCUUGGUUGCUCACAGGACGCGCUCUCUUUCGCGACAACGCAGAGUUUCAGACUUUGGCAUUUUAGGGGCUGAAUUCAAAGAGGCUGGCGACACGAAUCUUAGCAACUCAUGGCAACGGGAACGAGAAGCGGGCUCCCGCGCAAUGGCCAUAAUUAGCGUAGCACAUGAUUGGAAGCUGAGGAAACUUGGAUGCUCCAGAUAUAAAUUGAGCAAAGUGCCUCUUCAGUGGUGGACUCACAGCCUCGUGCUUGAACCCUCCGCUACCCCUGCACCGUCAACUGCAGGCGGAAUCUUCUCCGCCCGCCUCGUCCAUUGUGAGAGGUCUCUAGAGGGAGGCAAAGGGAGGCCCCUCCCUCCCCCCCGAUGA